AUGAACGAAACAGAGCAGAUACUUGCGUCUGCCUUGAACAGCCUGACUGCCGAAAAGAGAACAGAGGCACUUCACGACGUCCAUUGUGUUGGAAAAGAGCUCAGGGAAACCACUGAAAUCGUCAAAAAGAAUCUUGCAGAAUUUGAUCAAGCGGUCCGUCGGGAACGAAAUCCAGUUUACGAAAUGGCCGUAAACCAAAACAGAGCCUAUGUCAAAAAUCGAUCAUUUCGUUUGCGCUUCCUGAGAGCUGAAAUGCACAACAUCGGGAAAGCUGUUGAUAAUAUGAUGAACUUUCUUCGCAACAAGUUGUUGUACUUUGGUGCAGAUAAAGUGAGCCGGGAUAUUUGCUUGAGCGAUCUUAGUGAAGAGGAGGUUGGGCUUCUCUUGUCUGGAAUCUUUCAUAUUCAAAACGAUAGAGAUCCAAUGGGGAGGGUGAUUGUGUAUAUAACUGGCGGUACUGAGAUGCUGGAGAAAUGUAGGCCAGAAACUCUGAUACGUGUCGCAUAUUAUUUCUAUUUCAACAUCUUGAGCUCGAUCGAAGCCGUACAAAUGAAGGGUAUUGUUCUUAUCGUGUACGACAUGUCGGCACCGGAACUGAGGAGGCAAUUUGUGAUGCCUGGACUUAUCUUUGGGUUAUUGGCUCAAGCUGAACAAAGAUCCUUUCCUGUCCGCUUCUCUGCACUGCACACCUGUGUAAGGACAGGGACUACCAACAUGCGUAUUCUCGAUACAAAUGUUGCGGCAGGGGCAAGACAACUUCCACAGCAUCUUCAAGCAAGAAUGCGGUUCCACCACGGAAGCAACACUGAGCUCCAGCAUAUUCUUAGUGCGUUUGGAAUCCCUAUUGAUUCUCGUCCGCUUAACAUGGAUGGUAGUCUGCGUCGAGAAAGCCUCAACUUGUGGCUUUAUCGGCACAUGGCAGCGAAUGAAAGCGAAAGUCUACCUGCUCUCCACUCUUAUGCAUCUUCCACUUUGUCCAUAACUACGGGAAUUCGAGAGAAAGAUAUUCUAUUUGGAAGAGGUCGACUUGUGCAAUUCCACCCUGGCAAUGUGCUGUACCGAAACUUUCUCGAGACACAUGCAGAGGAGCACGAUUCUGCCCCCCGGAAGCUGAGACGAAAGGUCGCCAUUGGCUUGACCAGCCAGCUCAUCGGAAGCGGCCUCCGCUUCAUGCAGCUGGUGGAAAACAGAUGGUCCGAAAGAAACUUUGAAGAAUCAGUGGUGAAAGUCAGUCAAUUUUACCGCACCCUACGAAGGAACAGUGGAAAGGAUCGGCUUAAAAGCCUGACUAUUUCCACUGUGGCUCUAAAUGGACCAGUAUACCCUCCAAAAGAAAUAUAG